UAGGGGUAAACAUGUCAAGAUAUAUGUUUUGGUCAAAAUGGAACGGUGCCUAUAAAAGGACGAAACCUCUUCUCUUCCUGUUUACAUUGAUGGAGUCGCAGGAGUUACCAGAGUGUCCGGUGUGUUUGCAACCGUACGACGAGGCAUGCACGAUACCGCGGGUGCUCGCGUGUGGCCACACGGUGUGUGAGUUAUGCCUUGCAACCCUCCCUCAGAAGCUCCCGGGAGCAAUCCGCUGUCCCGCGUGUACGGUGCUCGUCAAGUACCCUCCGGAGGGCCCCAAGACUCUCCCCAAAAACAUCGACCUCCUCAGACUCUUCCCCGGCUCUGAAAAUCCCCGAAAACCGGUUCAAAAUUCCCCAAUUGACUCCCGUAUCCCUUUCCUCCCCCGCUCUUGGUCAGACGAGUUUUACUCCAUCUGGAAAAAGUACCUUCUCCCUGACGACGCCGUUGAGAGAAAAAAAGUGAGUCUUUUGACUGUUGGGUCUUUUUCAAGAAGUGGCCAGGAUGGUUCCGGGUUUAAGGCUGGCUGUCUUGUGAGAGUUAUGGAUUGUUUGAGUGAAAUGAAGGAGGAGGAAAGAGAGGAAUUGGGUUUAGUUUUAAGAGCUUUUACUAAACAAAGUGGUAGAAUUUGUAGGUUUUUGGGUUUAUGGGGUGAUCUUGGAGAUGGGAUUUUGUAUUUAGUGAGUGAGAAGCAAGAAUCAGGGAACUUUUUGGAUAAAAACGUCGGUGGUUUUGAAAAAGAUGGAGUUUUUAAUUUUGCAAUGAUAGGUAUGGAAAUGUGUGAGGCAGUUAUUUCUUUACAUAAAGAAGGGUUGUUUGCUGGUUGUUUAGGCUAUUCUUGCUUUCAGUUUGAUGAUUUUGGGCAUGUAUUUCUUGAUUUGAAUGAGGUGUUAUUGAUUGGAAGGAGAAUUCAUGAUGUUGUUGCAAAGGUUGGUUCCAGUGGGAAAAAGAUUGGUGAUGGAGAAAUUGGUGUGUUGUUAAAAGAUUUGUUGAAAAGGGAUGUGUUUGUUAGCCCUGAGACAUUGCUUGAGCUGUUGGAGAAAGAGGGUAUUGGAGUUGAUAGUGGUAGCUCAAGAUAUCCCAUAGGGUAUAACUCAGAUGUUUGGUUGUUAGGUUGUAUUUUGCUUAGGAUUCUCCUUGGCGAAGUUUUUAGUGAUUUGUUGGUUGAUUUUAUGUGUCAUAUUGUUUUGAAAGUUGAUGAAGAUAGUGAAUCAGCUUGUUCAAGUGUUUACACCAGUUUGAUGGAAAACGUUAGCUCUUUGUUGGGAACUAAAUUUGGUUCAGAACAUGUGUCUUUGCAACAGACUCUAUGUAAAUGUUUGGAUUUUGAUCCAGAGAACCGUUCACUUGUGAGAGAUGUAUGGAAAUUUAUUAGGGAGCUAGUUAUUAAACCUCAGUUUGAUAAAAUAGUCAAAUUUGAUAGAGCAAGUUAUGAUGGGAAUAGAGGUCGAUGUUUGGUUAUUGGAAAAUUGUGUCUACUGCCCAGGGAAAGAACCGAAACACAGGAAAACGAUGAGUCAAAAGGAAAUGAAACAAAUGGUGCAGAUAUGGUCAAUGGUCUCAUAGAGGGAAGCAUUAAAUCUAAAGAUUUGCAAGGCCAUCUUGAUUGUGUUACAGGAUUAGCUGUUGCAAGGGGUUAUCUGUUUAGCUCCUCCUUUGAUAAAUCAGUCAAAGUAUGGUCUCUGCAGGACUACUCUCAUUUGCAUACAUUUACAGGUCAUGAGCAUAAAGUCAUGGCUGUUGUCUGUGUGGAUGAAGAACAGCCAUUAUGCAUUAGUGGUGAUAGUGGAGGUGGUAUAUAUGUAUGGUGCAUUAAUAUCCCUUUUAGAGAAGAGCCAUUGAAAAAAUGGUAUGAGGAAAAAGAUUGGCGCUACAGUGGAAUUCACGCUUUGGCAGUUUCAGAGAAUGGAUAUUUAUAUACUGGAAGUGGAGAUAAAUUGAUUAAAGAAUGGUCAUUGCAGGAUGGAACCCUGUCAUGCACUAUGAGUGGCCAUAAAUCUGUAGUUUCCACGCUAGCAGUGAGUAAUGGAGUUCUUCACAGUGGGAGUUGGGAUGGAACUGUUAGAUUGUGGAGUCUAAGUGAUCAUAGCCUUUUGACAGUCAUAGGGAGUGACACACCUGGAACUGUCUUGUCUCUUGCAGCUGACCAGAACACAGUUGUUGUUACUUAUGAAAAUGGAUCUAUAAAGAUCUGGAGGGAUGAUGUGUUCAGGAAAUCUAUACAAAUACACAAUGGUGCCAUUUUCGCUAUUAGCUUAAAGGGGAAAUGGCUUUUCACAGGAAGUUGGGACAGAACCAUCAAGGCACAGGAAUUAGCAGGAGAUGAUUUUGAUUUGGAUGUUAGAGUUAUUGGAUCAAUUCCUUGUGAUUCUGUCAUAACAGCUUUAUCUUACUGUGAAGGAAAGCUUUUUGUCGGGUUUGGCGAUAGGACACUGAAGGAGAACGUGGGUCGUUUUAAGAAGACUUUGGGUGAUUUUACUAGCUUAAACUACUGGGUUGUUCGUGAUUACUAUCGUCUUGUCGACUCUGUCAAUACACUUGAGCGAGAGAUUCAUAGGCUAUCUGAUGAGCAGCUUACUGCUAAAACUUCUGAGUUUAAGAAAAGGUUGAGCCAAGGAGAUACCCUUUCGGAUAUUCAAGCUGAGGAAUUUGCUGUUGUUCGUGAAGCUGCAAGAAGGAAGCUUGGCAUGGGCCAUUUUGAUGUGCUGGCCUUUAUCUUUUUAUGGAUACAGGCAAAAAAACAUAUUAUUGGUGGAGCGGUACUUCAUGAUGGGUCCAUUGCUGAGAUGAAAACAGGGGAGGGAAAAACAUUGGUUUCCACAAUUCAGUUUAGUUCUAGACCAUUUUGAUAUUAAAUAAUAACCGUUGAUAUUUCUACUCUAGGAAUGGGAGGUACCGACCAACAACUAGUCUUCUCUGCAAAUACCUUGGGGAUAUUUUGAUUGUGUCAUACUUGACCAUUGUACAAGAAUCGGGUUAUGAUGAUGUGUACAUAAAAGAAAUUGAGGUCAGGUGCUUCUUUUACAUGAGUAGUGUUUCCAAUCAAUGGCUUGAUCCUGUGAAAGUUACUAUGGGACCUUGGCAUCGGGUUCCUUUCACCUACCUUCUUUCGACUUCCAAACUCUAGUUAAUAUUUGUAUAUGUGGUUUAGAGAGCACAUAUCAGCUACUUUCUUAGUUAUCGGUUCUUUUUUUCAGCCUAUACUCUUACUACCUCUUAAAUGCCAUCCAA